AUGACAGCGCGAGCAAUUCCUCAUAUACGGCGUAUUCACGCCUCUGCUAUUCGUUUUCAUCUUGUGGGACCGCCAGAUACUGUAUCCAAUAUUCGUCCUGUUGUCUAUGACGAUGACCUCCCCAACCAACGUGCCGAUUUGACUCACCCGUACUCCCUCAGGGAGUUCAAGGGAGACACGCGCGAAUACCAAUGGAAGAUGCAGCGACAACAGCUGGAUGCAUACAAUCAUACUUUUUGGUCUAAUAGCAACUCGCGUUUUGAGGCAGCUAAGAAUGCCUUGCUCGAGAGCUUGCCCGAUUCGUGCACGGAGGAAGACCGUGAAUUUGCACUGUCCGAAUUCUACAGACGUUGGAUAGUACAGGAGACGGCGCGACAGCAGGAGUACGAUGCAGAGUGGAGGAAGCAAAACUGGUCAAGCUUGCUGCUUGCCAUACGCCUGUCUUACGAAAAGAGCAUGGCGCGGAUAUCCCGCUUAUUUUCGUCAAGCUAA